AUGCUGUCUCUCAAGACCCUUCUUAACCCAGCCUCUCCCCGGCGAGAGACUGCCCCCUCCUUUCAUCCCAUUCCUGCAUCUUCCUCUCUCAUCUUCUCUGCCAACACGAGUGCCUCCACCUUAGCGAUGGACCGACCGAUUAUGCCUCCUAACCGGAACAGCACGGGGCGAGCCAACUUGGCCAAGUCGAAGAUCCGUGCCCCCAUCAACUACCCCCCAUUCGAGAACCUCGAUGAUGGUUCUGUCAUGGAGAUCAAAAGGUUUGGGAUCCAAACCUUUGGGUCCAUCCAACAAUCUUGCUCGCACAUCCCCUACAACAGCGGCAAGAAGGGCUUCUUCGAGAAGACGGGGCGAGAGAGCUUCGAAGUGUUUCGAUACGAGUUCACGCUCCCUGGACCUGGACAAACUAUUGAAUACACCGUCAUGUGGGACUACAAUGUUGGGCUUGUCCGCAUGACCCCCUUCUUCAAGUGCUGUCGAUAUGGAAAAACCGUUCCAGCCAAGAUGUUGGGUCUCAACCCAGGCCUCAAAGAAAUCUCGCACAGCAUUACUGGAGGCUCGAUCGCCGCUCAAGGCUAUUGGAUGCCAUAUUCCUGUGCCAAAGCAGUGUGCGCGACAUUCUGCUAUCCCAUUGCUGGGGCGCUGAUCCCCCUUUUUGGGGCAUCCUUUCCUUCUGAGUGCUUCCACCCCGACUCUCCAGACUUCGGCCGUAUGACUAUCGACCCGCAACUGGUCAAUAGGGCUACCCAUGAGGCUGAGUUUUCUCGUCAGCAGCACAUGAACAAUAUCACUUCAGGCUUCAGUGGUGCUACUAGCUUCCCUCGAACCGUCCGCCCAGCCACCCUCAGUCCUUUUGAUCAGGACGAAGGCAGGUUCCAACUCAGACCUCGCCUUACCUGUGACUCUUCAUGGAUGCCGGAAGAUACGGAGAGCCACUACCAUUCGGUACCUAACUCUGCGUCGAGCAUAGGAUCUGGGCUUCAGGGGUACACGUUACCAUCGCGCCCCAGCUCGAGUUGGACUUCUGCCAACCAUCCCAGCCCACAGUACGACUUGUACCCUGAUCCCAGCCCCUACCUCAGUGCUGUGCCAAGCAUCCCGUCGCUCCAGCCUCGCAACACAUCCUCGCCACCUGGAUGGAGUCCUAAACGACGACUGGACUACGAGGAUUCAGAACACGGCUACAGAGCCAGCGCGAGCCCGAUCAUGGGCAACAUGGGCAACACAAGCCAUGUAAACUUCACAAGCAACACGGCCAAUACGAACAAUAUGAGACUCAGUUCUAUUCUAGCGACUGGAUCCCCCGAGCCGACUUUAACACGAGAGAGAACAAGACCUGUGGAUGAAAGAGCUGAGGAUGCGGCUGCGGUGCUAUUGCUCCUGGGCGGUAGGGAACAAAGCCGCGGGUCCUAUACCGCGGCUGGCCCCCCUCCUGUCGCCCCAACCGGGUUGAUAUCGUCUGGGCCAUGGCUCGACGAUGAGCAUCCGAGAAAGAGGCAGCGGACAAACUCGUUUUAG